AUGAAUCGAGCAUUUUAUAGCCAAGAUGUAUUUCGACAUCUCCUAGAAAAGGGCCGUAUCGGAUACCGGUUUCUAUCCUCUUUGGCUAUGCACAUGACUACCUGGGGAGGUCGAGAUGUUGAUGCUGAUGCUCAGCGGAAAAAGGAUGACCCGAGCCAAGGAAUCUCAGGCCCCACAAGCGAAGGAGAUCCAGAAGACACAACAGUAUCUCGGUCCCAGGAAGGCCAGGCAGUAUGGAGGCACUACAUCACCACUUUUCAGACUGGCCAGGCUAUCCAGAAUAUGAUUAGCCGAUCUGACAGACCGUCAUCAGGGGAGAUCCUGACCGUGGCCAUCCCCUAUCUACUUGAGCAUUUGGCUGUGACUCCGAGAAUCCAGCAAUACUGUUGGUGGACCCUGGAGAAAACCUGGUCCCAAGAGAUAAAAGUGAGGACAUACAAGAAAAUCAUGGGCCUUUCGGGCGAUUUCCACGAGUGCGAAUCGAAUGAUCUAUUGGACCUAAUGUCACGACUUGGUGGAUUUGAGUGUCUGAUGGCCAACAUUUCGUUCCCAAUGACAGCGUUUUUGGAUCUGAUACUCCCUAUCCAUGCGCUCUACCUUCACUUCGGUAUCAGGUUGGCAGUAUACUACUCGAUAACCGCUGCCGCCUACUUAUGGUAUUCCCAUGGGUUCCUCUCUCAGCGGGAAACGCAGCAAAAACACGCACUGGAAAAUGAACAGCAGGAAAGCCUGAUUGUACGGGAAUCCGUCGCAAAUUGGCCGAUGGUAGCCUCUUUCAACAGGUUCUUGCAUGACCUGGACCGGGUCUCCAAGGCAAUAGACGCCAGUCUAGAAUCCAGGUUACGACAAAGGCUUCUUUUUUCCAGUGCACGUAUUAUACAGAACGCCAUUAUCCUAAUUGCAGUGGCUAUGGCGGCAGCUAGCCAGCAAGACAAACAGGCUAAGGAUCUUGUCAUAAUAUGGACCUUGUGGACUCAAUUAUCGAACGUCCUUGGGUGUUUAACGGAUGGGGCCGAUGGAUUAAAGCAGAUUGCCGUGAGGUUAGAGCCAGUUAUUGAGGUUCUAAAGCGGAAACCGGCAGUGCUUGCUCGAAAAGACGCCCCCAUUUUAACUGUCGUCAAUGGAGACAUCGAAUUUAAAGAAGUCACUUUCUCCUAUGGAGGACAGCCGGUUCUUAAUGGUAUCUCAUUCUGUCUCCGUGGUGGUCAAACCACUGCAAUUGUCGGGGCAUCUGGAAGUGGAAAGUCAACGAUCUUGAAACUUCUUCUACGUUUUUUCGACCCACAGUCAGGCUCUAUCUAUGUCCAAGGCCACAACAUUUCGGAGAUUUGUCUGGGAAGCUUUCGAGAUAGUGUCGCUGUUGUCCAUCAGGAUCCGAAAUUUAUUACUGGCAGUGUUAGGGAGAACAUCGCAUUUGCCAAGGACGACGUGAAUGAUCAUGAGAUAGAGGCUGCCUGCAAAGCAGCAGAAAUCCAUGAUUAUUUAAUGGGGUGCAAAGGGUGUUUUGACACAAAAAUCCAGGGAAUGUCAGGAGGGCAGCGGCAACGUAUCGCAAUCGCUCGUGGACUAGUCCGAGAUGCGCCAAUUUUGUGUCUGGAUGAGCCUACCAGUCAUCUCGACAACGACACAGCAGCGAAAAUCUGGGGGAAUCUUGAAGCACACGCCAACGGGAAAACAGUGGUCAUGGUUACGCACCAGCUUCACUUGGCAAAAGAUGCAGACCAUAUCAUCGUUAUGCAUAAUGGCGAAGUUGUUGAGCAAGGGACACAUGCAAUUCUCAUGGAGCAAAAAGGUCGCUACUACAAGAUGUGGAAGCCCACAAAGGAGUAACACCCUUUCCUAUACCCAACCCAUCUCCUUUGAUUAAUGGGUGAUAAUACCAGGCUCACAAGAACCUCCUCUUAGGAUCUCCAGCACAUAUAGAGGAAAAAGGGCAGCCAAAUGCGGCAUUACUAGUUUGUUUCUUCGGGCCUGGAUCCUGCUGCGGAGCUCGUCUCUAUUCGCCUCGGGCAAACCCCCAGGCCUAAUAUUGCAGAUUUCCUUCGGUGUAUAGUUUCAGAUUCAGUUAUUCUGUAUAAUAUUCCUCAAAAGUGGUCAAAACAAGGGCCUUUCGUUGUGCAAGAUCCCUCUUGUCGCCCGGAGUCGUGCGUCCACUGCUUCGAUGAGACACCAGCCCAAAAGGGAAUUCAGGUCACGUGAUGACCAACUGGCUCCACUCAACACAUCCUCUCGACAUCCUCUCGACAUCAUCUCGACAUCAUCUCGACAUCGAAGGAAAUCGACGGUACUAUCAACACCAGAUGCAUGCUGUGGUUUUCUAUAGGUAGAACCUCCAGGACGGGGGCUUAAUCUGUACCUAGACCGCGCGAGGGCUUCGGCCGACUAGAUAUGUCAGGGAGCGGAAUAGCCGCUGCGCUGGCACGCCUGAUACCCCUAGGGAGGUUUUGUGGGCGUGGCGGCGAGCCGAUCCGUUCGGCCGGUUACGUGUCUCCAGGCGUUAAAA